UCACAUUUUUAUGGAGCACAAAAUGGCGUCCGGAAACGUUGAUCAGUAUCGUACGCUUAGUGUGUUUUUAAUUUUCUAAAAUUAUUUCCACGAGUCAAGUAACAAAUUAACAUCACUGGAUAAAUUCAGUGCUUCAUCAAGUAACCAACAUACCAUUAAUAUCCAACCGAAACCUCAGUACUCGUGAAUAAUACAUGAAAUACCUAGACAUUUUCCUGUAACGUUUUGAUUUCGUAAUCCAGCGAAACAGUGUGGACUAAAAAUCAUUGUUAUUCCGUGCUAGUGAGUAAAAACAAACGAUCCGGACGAUUUAGUGCCAGACAAUCUAUGGAUUAGCCCAGUAGCUGUGAUGUUCAAGAACCUUAUGGAUUAAGCCUCAGCACCAAUUUAACGUGCUUGGAAUAAGAGAUCAAUAGAUAAACAUUCCAGUGAGGGGCAUCUUCAAUUACGAUUCGAGCACAAACUGGAAAGAAUUAAUGUCAAAAAAAAACACUGACCCCUUGAUUUUUAUGAAUUUUUUUUACUUCCUCAAGUCAAUUCUUUCCACUAGUUUCGUUCGUAAUUGAGAGUCCAAAAAAAUCAUCAAGAUACAACGGUACACCGGUGAGUUCCAACACAAAAUAUUGAUUGGUAGCUCAAAGGACACUCAAAGCCAACUAACAAUGUCUGUACAAAGUGUUGCUCUGGCAUCUCUAACGGCCACCUACACCGACUCCGAGGGUGAGGAUGGUGUGGAUGAAGAACAGCAGGAGAAUGCAAAGGCACCCAUCGGGGCUGGUCCUCAUAAUUCCCAAGUCGGUCAGCCCCAGGGUAUCAGCAGUCCCAAAUCUGGUAGAUCAGCAUCAAAUAGCCCCAACGUUGACACCAGUAUUGGGAGCAAGACAGUAUCAAUGUUGUCAAAUCCACCCAUCCUAGUUACCGAUGUAACGUCCAAGGUCCAACGUUUAGUUUCAUAUUUUGAUGACAGUCUUGUCUCCGAUGACGAGGGUACAGCGACAGUUAAUAGCGAGGUGGUCAAUGUACAUCACAUGGAAAAUGGCCUUACCUCGAUUAAACUAGAGCCGUCACCCUCGAUACUGGGAGAAUUAGUUUCAGAUGCGGUUGGUGAUAAUGAUGGUGACAUUGAUGGUAUCACAAUACCACCGGAACCAACUGGUCAGUGUCCAAUUGAAUUGCAGGAUAAAAUAACUGUACUUUUUAGGAAAAUGGAGAGCGGUGGUUUGGAUAUGAAUAAAUUAAUACAACUCCGAAAGGAUUUUAGAAAUCCAUCGAUUUAUGAAAAACUUAUACAAUUUUGUAGUAUCAAUGAAUUAGGUACUAACUAUUCACCUGAGAGAUUUGAUCCAUUCAAGUGGGGUAAGGACUCCUACUACGAGGAAUUGGCCAAAGUACAGAAAACGGAGAUGGACAAGCUCGAAAAGGCGAGAAAGGAGAAGACGAAAAUUGAAAUAGUCUCCGGUACAGCAAAACGACCCAAUAGUUCGACAACGACCGCGGAAGACGAUGCCAAGAAGAGAAAAAGCAAGUGGGAUCAAGUUGCCACUGGUACAACAACAACCGUCAAACCUACAAUGUUGUUGUCACAACCGACCUUAACUACACUCACGUCAUCAGCAUCUGGACAAAAACCCACUGUCAUAUCGGCGUUUGGUUCGUUACCAAAGAAAAGACUGUAACAUAUACAUUAUCUGCUUAUCACUAAGAUUGCUAAUAUUGUGUACAUAUAUACAUAGAGAUACUUAUAUUGUAUAUCCCAUGAUGCCAUUUUUUUUGUACUCAACGUCUGAAAGUCGAGGACGACAGGGGAAUUUUCAAUCAUUAUUUAUUUUUUCAAAGCCCUCAAUUUGAUAUUAAUGUUUUGCAGAAUUUCUUUUUUUUAUUAUUGGGUGGAUUUAGUUAAUUGAUAUUUGUUUUGUGUUGACACAUUCCAGUUUCAGAACAGGAAGAUUGGACGUUCUUUGGCUAUUGACUUUCAGGAUAUUGAUUAAUUGCUCAUUCAUCAUUGGUUACUGCAUGAUUUAUUGUCAUCUUAUUUUAUCGAUUGUAAAUGAAUAAUUAUGAGUAAUAGGAUUAUUUGAUUUGAUUAUUGAAGUCGAUGAUGGGAGAAAGGGAAAAUUUUUAGGUUGAGCAAUGCAAGAGUCAAUAUCUAUUUGACCUCUGAGUAGCGGAUAUGUCAUUGCUGUGGAUCAAUUUGAUUAAAUUUUCAUUAUUGUAUUUUUUUGUAAAGUAACUGCAGGAAAACAUGCAAAAUUACAAUCAAUUCUGCGAAGCAAUGAAGGGAAACACAAUUGAUGAAUCAAUAUAUUUUUUCAAAAGACGACAAUUGCUGUUGCAUCCGAGGUAUUCUAUACUGCCGUACUAUGUUGGAUAAUUGUUGAUGCAAAUAAAUUCAUUAUUGGAAAUGAAAAAUAUAACGAGAACAACAUUUUUAGCUGUCUCGGUGUUAUGACGGCCCUAGGACGUACUUUGUCGUGUGAUCAAUGUUCGAGAGCAUAAAUCAACUCUUGUUUGUUAAGAGUUGUUGUACCUCAAUUUUUAAUGGAAAUUGGCAACUCCACAAUUUUUCACCUUAUUCAUCAUGAUCUCAUGUUUUAUAGUUAUCUAGUUAAUUUUAUUUAUGCUGAAUAUUGAACAUUGAUUAGCCUCAUUGAUAAGCUUUCAUUUGGAUCGAAAAACUGACCAUGAGAAAUGCAAAAUUAUAUCGAAUGCCAAUUAUUGGAAGGUGAAAGAAGAGCAAUGGGUGCAAUUUGUAGUUGGAAUUUAGUGCAAAUGUUAUUGCGUUUCUCAAACAAAACCUCAAUUAAUGCAGAAACAAUGAAAUUCAUCAAAUCCUUGAGUCUAGUGGAAAUGUGCGGUGAGAAACAGCGUAAUAAUUCUGUUUGUUGUGGUUAAUGGAUAGAACAAAAAUUUGUGGAGAAAAAAUUGAGAAAUGAAUAUGUAGUUUUUACUGUACAAUGUUUCAUUGAAAUGUUAUUGCCUGAGCACGGAAAUGCGCGAAUCUAUUGAAAUUAAUGCCGCUAAGACAAAAUUGUCCAAAAGAACUUAUUUAUUGAAAGUGUACAAUGCAUUAGGAAAGCGGUAUACCUAAAAAACCAUAAACUGCAAUUUUUACAUGAGAUUAAACGUUGACAAGUGAAAUAUUGUGGUGGAAAACGCACUGUGUUACGGGGACAAUGAAAACUGCACAAUUUGAAAGCAAUUAAAUUGUAUGUGUCACUGAUUUCUGUGUACUCGAGUGUGAGAAACGAACGAAAAAAAAGAAACUGAAAACAAAAACAAAAAAAUCACUUCUAAAGAGAACAAGGUGUAUAUAAAAUAUUUUUAAAUAAUGAAAAA